AUGCACGGCAUAAUUGGAAAGUUUAAUGGACAACCAAUCUACAUAAAUAGUCAUGUUCAAUUUGAUGUCUUUGACGAAAUUAAGUUCGGAGUGAGCCGGCUGAUGAAGGAGGACGACAAGGACUCGGACGAGGGCCGGAAGAACGACGUGACGACGAUGACCUCCCGGGAGUCCUCCCCGGAGCUGGAGGUGGACUCGCCUCCUCCUCGCUUCAAGAGCUCCUCCUUCUCGGUGUCGGCCCUCCUCCGCCCGGACCUGCCCCGCCGGCCCCCUCCCAUCUACCACCCUCUGGGUCUCUUCCCGCUCUACCACCCGGCCCCCAAGGAGGACGCCAAUAGGAACCUCCUUGCAGGGUCUCUGUACCUCAGCCUGGGAGCUGCCGCCGUCAUGGCCAACACGGCGGUACCCAGUGAUUGGUUUAUAGUCUCGAUGACGAUCCCACCAGGUUCUUCGUCGCUCCUCCCCGGCACCGCGCCGGACGACCUGUACCGAUUGCGGCAGCAGCUGCUCGCUGGGUCCAGCCACCACGAGCACCACUUCCUCAGCCCGGACGUCUACUCCUGCAUCAAGUGCGAGAAGAUGUUCCCCACGCCGCACGGCCUGGAGGUCCACUCGAGGAGGUCCCACAACGGUAAGCGGCCCUUCGCCUGCGAGCUCUGCAACAAGACCUUCGGGGCCGAGGUGUCGCUCUCUCAGCACAGCUUUAUCUAUGAGGCAAAGACCACUCAAAAUAAGAACAUACUAAACGAUCACAGGUGGUUGUGCUGCCGUAGGUCCGUCCACUCUGUGGAGAAGGUCUUCGAGUGCAAGCAGUGCGGCAAGACGUUCAAGCGCUCCUCGACCCUCUCGACCCACCUCCUCAUCCACUCGGACACGCGGCCGUACCCCUGCCAGUACUGCGGCAAGAGGUUCCACCAGAAGUCCGACAUGAAGAAGCACACCUACAUACACACCGGUGAGUCUUAUUCUCUAAACUGA